CACCUCGAGCAUCUCCGGCAGCCCGCGGGUUCCCCAGCUGCAGACAGCUAGCGGGGGCGUUUUGUUCGGUUCCGGGCGCUCGGAGUGGACCCAGAAAAGCUGAAAAGCCAUGAUGGCUACGAAGCCCAAGCUCCACUAUCCCAAUGGACGAGGCCGGAUGGAAUCCGUGAGAUGGGUUUUAGCUGCCGCAGGAGUCGAGUUUGAUGAAGAAUUUUUAGAAACAAAAGAACAGUUGCAGAAGUUGCAGGAUGGGAACCACCUGCUGUUCCAGCAAGUGCCCAUGGUUGAGAUUGACGGGAUGAAGUUGGUGCAGACCCGAAGCAUCCUCCACUAUAUAGCAGACAAGCACCAUCUCUUCGGCAAAGACCUCAAGGAGAGAACCCUGAUUGACAUGUAUGUGGAGGGGACACUGGACCUUCUGGAACUGAUUAUCAUGCAUCCUUUCCUCAAACCAGACGAUCAGCAAAAGGAAGUGGUUAACAUGGCCCAGAAGGCUAUCAUUAGAUACUUUCCUGUGUUCGAAAAGGUUUUACGGGGUCAUGGACAAAGAUUUCUUGUCGGUAAUCAGCUGAGCCUUGCAGACAUAAUUCUGCUCCAGACCAUUUUGGCUCUUGAAGAGAAAAUUCCUAAUAUCCUGUCUGCCUUUCCUCACCUCCAGGAGUUCACAGUGAAAAUAAGUAAUAUCCCUACAAUUAAGAAAUUCCUUGAACCUGGCAGCAAGAAGAAGCCUCCCCCGGAUGACAUCUACGUGAGGACCGUGUAUAACAUCUUUAUGCCGUAGACCUGCCUGCGGUCGUGAGUGAACGCCGUGCACAGAGAUCGCUGUGUCCACAGUAGUGUCUUAACUGAAGCCAGGCUGCCGUGAUCCAGCUCUGUCGUGGUACUGUGUAUCUUGUUCCUCAGUUGGUCUUUCAUGUCAAGGAGAUAGAUCUCUUCUAGAAACACUGACUCUCUUUUCUGUCCCAUGAGUGUUACAGGACUUCUUCUGAAAACCCUUUUGGAGAGGCUGGUGUUUAAAAGUUAGAUCUACUCUGUCAAUUCAUUUCCUGGUAGCAAGGAUGGGCAGGACCUCGAGCUGUCCCCUGAGCCUCUUUUCUCCUCUCCUUAUCCUGUUCUCAACCCCUUCCAGUCUCUUCCUGUUUUUAGCGUCUAAUAACAACAGAAUCCACUACAUGUGAGUAACUCUCUCCUCUGAGCUGUAAUAGACCCAUGGUUGUGAUGAACGCAGUUGAUGUUUGCCAAAAUAAAGGAUUUACAAAUCA